CUGCAGGCCCCCUGGAGAAGCAGAGAAGCUGAGGACCCUGCAGACCCCUCUCCCGGCCCAUGGUGAUGUCCUUACUCUGAGGAAAACCUGUGACUGAAGGAAGGGGCUGCCCCUUCAUCCUGCCUGGCUGCAAUGAACACCUCAGUGGCCCCUGCUGUCAGCCCUAACAUCACUGUCUUGGCACCAGGAAAAGGUCCCUGGCAAGUGGCCUUCAUCGGGAUCACCACAGGCCUCCUGUCUCUGGCUACAGUGACAGGCAAUCUGCUGGUACUCAUCUCCUUCAAGGUCAACACAGAGCUCAAGACAGUCAACAACUACUUCCUGCUGAGCCUGGCCUGUGCUGACCUCAUCAUUGGCACCUUCUCCAUGAACCUCUACACCACAUACCUGCUCAUGGGCCACUGGGCUCUGGGCACACUGGCCUGUGACCUCUGGCUGGCCCUGGACUAUGUGGCCAGCAAUGCCUCCGUCAUGAAUCUUCUUCUCAUCAGCUUUGACCGGUACUUCUCAGUGACCCGACCCCUGAGCUACAGAGCCAAGCGUACACCCCGCAGGGCAGCUCUGAUGAUUGGCCUGGCCUGGUUGGUUUCCUUUGUCCUCUGGGCCCCAGCCAUCCUCUUCUGGCAGUACCUAGUUGGGGAGCGGACAGUGCUGGCUGGGCAGUGCUACAUACAGUUCCUCUCCCAACCCAUCAUCACUUUCGGCACAGCCAUGGCCGCCUUCUACCUCCCUGUCACAGUCAUGUGUACGCUCUACUGGCGCAUCUACCGGGAGACAGAAAACCGAGCCCGGGAGCUGGCAGCCCUACAGGGCUCUGAGACACCGGGCAAAGGUGGUGGCAGCAGCAGCAGCUCAGAGAGGUCACAGCCAGGGGCUGAGGGCUCGCCAGAGUCACCACCAGGACGCUGCUGUCGCUGUUGCCGGACGCCCAGGCUUCUGCAGGCCUACAGCUGGAAGGAGGAAGAAGAGGAGGAUGAAGGUUCCAUGGAGUCCCUCACAUCCUCUGAGGGCGAGGAGCCCGGCUCAGAAGUGGUGAUCAAGAUGCCUAUGGUAGAUCCUGAAGCACAGGCACCCACCAAGCAGCCCCCCAAAAGCUCCCCAAAUACAGUCAAGAGGCCCACCAAGAAAGGCCGAGACAGAGGUGGCAAGGGGCAAAAACCUCGAGGGAAGGAGCAACUGGCCAAGCGAAAGACUUUCUCACUGGUCAAGGAGAAGAAGGCAGCUCGGACCCUGAGUGCCAUCCUGCUAGCCUUCAUCCUCACCUGGACACCAUAUAACAUCAUGGUGCUGGUAUCUACGUUCUGUAAGGACUGCGUUCCCGAGACCCUAUGGGAGCUGGGCUACUGGCUGUGCUAUGUCAACAGCACUGUCAACCCCAUGUGCUACGCACUCUGCAACAAAGCCUUCCGGGACACUUUCCGCCUGCUGUUGCUCUGCCGCUGGGACAAGCGGCGCUGGCGCAAGAUCCCCAAGCGCCCUGGCUCUGUGCACCGCACCCCCUCCCGCCAGUGCUAGUGGCCCCCCUCUCCUGCAUCCUUUCACCCCAGCUCCAGGGAGAGGCCGGUGGAAAGUGUCCAUGGGCUACAUCUUCAGCCCCAGGGCUCUGCUCAGACCUCCCCUGACUUCCCAGGCCCCUGGGUCACCUUCCUGGACAGCCCAGAGAGUCUCUGCCAGCUUUCCAAACUUUGCUAUUCCCAUACAGGGAGUGAAACCCGGGGAACUGGUUUUUCUGAUCCCUGCUGUGUGGGAAUGGGCUUUUCACCAGGAAGAAGGCCCAGGAGGAGGAACCAGGCUUUGGACUCCUGUUUGCCUUUAGGCAGGAAGUCAGGAGCCAGCAGGGCGGGCCAGUAGUUUACUGCGCAGUCUUCCUUGGCACAGCAAGGGGCCUGGAUUGCAGUGGGAGACAGCGCCCCCUGGAUCUACAUGAGGGAGCUGACACCAAGCACAGAGAGAAAAGUUCGGGACAGAAGGGAGUUGGUGACCCCUGGCUGGAAAUCUCUCCCUGCACAGGCAGAGCCCAUCUGGGUAGGCCCUAGGCACGAUCUCCAAGAUUGUCCAGGCUUCCUACAAAUGCCCCCAGGUCAUCCCCAUGUGGGUCACCUCCAAGGCAACUGUCUACACGUGAGCAGGACAAUAACACCAGAGGAGAUCCGCUUGGCUAGACACACCAAGCCUCAAAGCAGUAGCAGGACCAAAUGUCAGGUGUCCUAACCGGUCCUCUAUGCCAUUUUCCGGUGGGGGGGUUGGGGUGGGGGAGGGGUAAGGUGCCUGCUAUCCAGUCCCACACCCAUCCUCUUCUCUCACUGCCCCAAAGUAAUCUCCAUCCCUCCCUCCUGGCUCACAGCCGUACCCUGGGUGGAUCUGCUCUGGGCAGAUCUAGCCAGAGCUCCCGCAUGCUGCCUGCCUUCAGCCUUGCCCAGCCAGCAGGUUCUCUUCUGUAUACUCCCAAUCCAACCCCUGCAUGGCCUCCCUACAACCCUAAUCUCCAGGCCCUGCCUGUCCCCUGUUCUUUCCUUCCAUCCUCAGCAUAUGCUGAGUCUGUGAAUAAAAGCCACGUAAC